CAUCUGCCUGGACACCGUGGAAAACAGAAUCUCCUACAAAACCAUGGGCUGCCCUGCAUGCCAAGACGCCCGCUUCCACCGGCAGUGCAUCCAGAGACUGGCUCUGCACGCUGGCAUCGGCUUCCGAUGCCCGUGUUGCCUGAACCAAGAGCCAUUCAUGAUGGAAAUGCUCACCAUGGGGAUCCGACUCUCCAAGAGACCCCCAUCAUGGGAGAGUGUCCAAGCAGUCACACCCUUAGGUCAGAGGCAUGGCCGCUGCGAUGCCGAAACGUGCCUUUGUCCAGGAGGCAGGGAGCACGCGGAGGAAGAGGGACCCUGGCAACUGAGGCUGUGCAGCUCCUGCGCUGCCGAGGGCACCCACAGACACUGCUCCUCUUUGGGGAACAGCACCUACUCCUGGGAGUGCCACACCUGUGCUGGCACGGAGACUGGCUCCACUGGCAAACCAGAGCUUGUCAGCCCCAGCACUUCCAGCCAGGAAUUUUCAAUGCCCUCCCAGGGUGUGUUGCUCCUCAACAGCAGCUGCUUCCUUCGCCCUCGGCAGGCCUUGAAGCGGCGCUACCCUGAGGAAGAAAUACCAUCACGGACAACGUACAGCCCUCCUGCAAAACGCCGCAGGAUCGAUGAUGGCCCAGCCCACAGUGCCAAUGACAGCAGCCCCAGCACUUCCUAA